AUGAUUGGACAGGACGACAACCAGCCACCAGCAAGGACAGGGACAGCGACAACGACAACGACAACGACAACGACAACUACAGCGAACUCUUCGCCAAACAACAAGGUGAAUGACAACGGCAACAUUCAGGGCAUUCAGGAUGCUCGGAUACUCAGCUGUAGGCACCGAUAUGAACGUCUGCCUGCUCUGGGCGUUGCUAUAAAGCCGGGCACCCAGCCGUCGGAGAUUCAGUUCGAAACUUUACUUUGCCGCGAUCAUCCAACUAUGUACUCGUAUUCCAGUAUACUCGAGUGUCUGAAUGUAGCUGUGACCCUGUUUGCAGUGGUUUUUGUCGUAUAUGUGGAAAUUGUGAAAAAGGAUCAUUCCGUUUACUGGAAGCCCAAUCGUGGCGUGGUGAACGAGGAAAUCCAAAUCGAGUGUCUGAAGGAGAAUCCGCUGAGCGCAGAAUCGUUCGCCCAGAUAAAAAAAUAUAUAUUUCUCGACAACCCAGAUGUGCGUAAAUAUGUAACCUGUAUGGUCACGAAGUCGGGCAUCUUCAGCGAGCAGCAGGGCUACAUUGGCGAACGUAUAGCUAAGCUAAAGAAUUUGUACGUGCCCGAGGAGGAGGCCCUGCAAAUCGCCCAGAGGUGUUACGAUGACAACUCGGAGGAGAGUCCCACGGAUGUGUGGGCCUUCAGGGGAUACCAAUGCCUACUGGCCAAGCUACCUUAG